AUGCCUCAAAAGCGAUCCUUUCUCCAGGCUCUCAAAGCCGAUGAGCUCAACCAAACCAGCUUUCUUCAAAAGUUUGUACAAGCCCCAUCUCCAAACCCACCUGGGGACACAAGCAAAGCAACAGCAGUCAUUGGAGAAUAUUUAUCCUCCAAGAACAUCCCUUACGAACUUGUCGAUGUCAGCAGAGAUGGCAAAGUCAAUGUAGUUAGCGAUUUUCAAGGAGGAAAAGGCCCUGGCCCACGCGUCGUGCUGAAUGGCCAUGUCGAUGUUUUCCCCGUCGGCGAUGGCAGCGGCUGGUCUCGAGAUCCUUGGUCGGGCGAUAUUGUCGAUGGAAGACUCCACGGGCGCGGAGUCGUAGACAUGAAGUCUGGGACUGCUUCGCUCAUCAUUGCAUAUGCUUUUUUGUACGAGCGUCGCCAUCUCCUGUCGGGAAGUGUUGCCCUUUGCGCUGUCGCGGACGAAGAGACUGGUGGGAAAUGGGGCACCAAAUAUCUCAUUGAACACGACAAGCAAAGAUGGGGUGGUGAUCUCAUGUUGUGUGCCGAGCCAGGCGGUCUCGAUACUAUCAGAUUCGCAGAAAAGGGAACGCUGCGAUUGACAUGUACUGUCGAGACCAAGGGUGCGUUAGGACCAUAUCUUCAUCUCACCAAGGGCGCCAUCCGAACAGCCAGCGCUUUCAUAAAUGAGGUCAUCAAGUCCGUGGAAUCACUACCAGUUGAUCUACCAGUCGAGAUGGAGAGACAUCUGGAAAAGCCAGAGGUCAAGCGAGCUAUCGAUCAAGCAAUGGGCCCUGGAACUACAACAAUAAUUGCUCGACCGACUGUUAAUGUUGGCACAAUUAAGGGCGGUCUCAAAGUCAACAUGAUCCCAGAAACAUGUAUCUUCGAGCUGGAUAUCCGUAUGCCUGUUGGGAUGCGAGAAGAUACGAUCUUGGAGCUGAUUGGCACUAUCAUCCCGCAGUACGAGCCCGCGAGCAUUACGAUCCAGAAGCAAGCUGCUGCGAGUAAUCGUUUCAAUUACUCGGUGAUCGAUCAUCCCAUCGUUGAUUAUCUCAAAGACAACGCCAAGAGCCUGCAGCCAGAUGCUGAGGCUCCUAUUCCCAUCCUCUCGAUGGGCGGAUCAGAUUUGUCCUAUCCAUCAUCUCUGAAGUUUCGAUGCGCUGACCCCUCGGACACCACCAGCCUGCAGUGUGCUUUCUUCCAUCGAAAUAUUGCAGCCAGAAGGUCUUUAGCCAAAGCAGUUGCCCUUGGCGUCGCUUCACUGGACAUUGACCAUGGUACCGCAAAACACGAUCUCGUUACUUCUCUCACAGGCAUUGCUACCACAAGCUACGUGUCUCCUGCCAUUUGUGGAGUCGAUAAUCAAUCCAAGGCGGUUGAUAUCACGGUGUUGAGCGACGUUGGUGUCGAUCCUAGUGUGGACCACCUAUACACUAUCAAAACUGUCGGCGAGGUCCUCGAACAUGGCGGAAAGCAAGGCGUUCCAUACGAUGUUCUUAAUGGAUACUCGUUCCUUCCAUAUCCCAAUCGAGAUUCUGUACCAUUUCGUCAUGGUUAUGGGGUCCCCGAAGCUCGCACCAUCAUCCGGGGUUCAUUCAGAGGCAAUGGCAACUCUGCUCUGGCUAGGCCUCUGAUCAACAUUGGCUGGCUUGACACGGGCUCCAAAGCCUGGCUGAAGGAGGGUAUCAAAUGGUCGCACAUUCGGCAGAAACUUAAAGGCGCAGAUUCUGCCGCUGAGGCUGAUCUUCUGGCCAAGGCAGAUGAACUUCACAAUUGCUGCUCCCCCGAAUAA